UAUAAAUCAUCAAGACAUUCCAAUUUUUUUAAGUAAUUAAAAAUUAUUACUUUCACCAAUAGGAGAGUUGCAAUAGUGGGAUAUCUUGCAGGAUAUAAUAAUACUUAACCGGUAUGAAUUUGUUACUAUGGUCUGGUUUAUGAAAAAGAUGGAAAUGCAAGUUGAGAAAUAGGAAUAAUUUUAGGUUGAAAUAAAGAAAAAGAUCUUGUAUUUAAUACUAUAUAAAUAUUCUGGUUAAUUGUCAAAAAAUGGCCCAAACACCAUCUCAACAAAUUCAAGUAAUUCCUCAGCCUUUGUCUUCUGCUCAGUUACAGCAGUUGUAUAUGCCUCAACAGCAUAUUCUUUUGCCUGGUAAUGUAACUUUACAACAAGGAAGUACUUUGGCGUCAUCUCCUGGAGUAAGCCUCCAACUUCAAGCCAAACCUUCUGGCGAUUCCAAGGCAUUUGGUGUUCAAAGCAUUCAGCCAUAUCAAAAUGCAGUGAUAUUACAACCCAAGCCAACUUUCUCUUCAGUACAAAAUAAUGUUCUUUGUGGUCAUAUGAAGCAGCUGGCACCUCGAACUUCUGUGUCUUCUCCAGCAUCUGGAACAAUGUACAGUCAUCCUCAAUUGCUAGGUUCUUAUGCUUUGAGUCCUUUGCCUCCUGGAUAUACAUGGGCCUCUUCUCCUAAUAACUUCCCAUGCUCUCAAAAUUCGAUUAUCAUUAGUAGAGAACAACCAAAUAUUUAUGUGCAGUCUCAGUCUCAAGCUGCCAUUCAAUUACCAGUUGUUUCAGGACAAUUCAUGGCACCAACAAAUUUAUCAUGCUCUCAAAUUUCACAAGGUGUACAAAGCAUUGCAACUCAAACUAGUGCCCCAAGCUCUUUAAAUUCUGGCACCAUUUGUUAUCCACCUCAGGAGCGAGAUGUUGAAACUAUUACGAAUGUUGUCAACUCAACCAUUUCUGAAAAAGUAACUCAGCCUUCUCUUGUGAUUUCAACACUCUCUAAUGACCAGGCAUCAGUUGAAAAUUCAAAGACUGUUGCAUCCAUGCAAACUGAAACUACACACACAGAAAUUCUUUCUGAUGUUAAAUCCACAAAAAGGGAAUCUCAACUUUCUUCUUUACUUGGAACUGAUGUGACAGAAGGUGUGUCAUCUACAUUGCCUGUAUUUAAUGAAAGUCAGUGUGCACCAGAAUUGCCAGUAAAUAUAAGCCCUUCUCCAACUGUUGUGUCUUCUACAUCGACUACACUUGACAUACAGCAAUCCAUAUUAAGUACAGAAGAGCUUUCAAUAAAUUCAGAAUCGCAGUCAGUCCUUGAAACCUCAAAAAAACCUGUAGCUGAUGUUAAGCCAGUACCUGAAAAAUUCGAUUCCAGUGCAGAUGCAUCUGAAAGCAUUGAUAACAAUAAACAUUCUGUAAAAUUAACAAAUGAACAAAAGAUAGCCCGCUUUAAUCCAGUUAUUAAACUGAAACGUUUGAAACCUCAAGAUGCAAUUUUGACACCAUAUUCUAGAGUGGUGAAGGAUAAGCAACCUCAGAAAGCUAUUGUGAAACCCCAAAUGCUUUCGCAUGUUAUUGAUUCUUAUGUGAUACAAGAGGUGACUUUGAAGUCAGUUAUGGAUUCUUCAUCUACAGACGUUUCUGAAAGUUCUAAUUCUGAAGAUAAGAGUGAGGUUAUUGUCCCAGUUUCCUGUCCUAAUUUGGAAAAUUCAUCUGAAAUGGUAAAAGAUACAGUUUCACGAAGAGAAGAACUCUUACCUGUAAUUAAAGUGAGACGUGGUAGAGGACGUCCCCGAGGACGUGGUCGACCACCUAAGAAAAGCAAGCAGAUAAAGAUGCCAAUUCGAAGAAGCUCAAGACAGAAGAGUGUAGUUUCAUUCAUUGAUGUUGAUAAAGACCAUGAGGAUGUUGCUGAAGAGGGAGACCUGCGCUCUGAAUUUCCUGAAAAUUCAAGUAUUUAUCCAACUGACAAUGAAGUUUCCCCUCCUCAUGAUACCACUGAUUCAGAUUUAUCUUUUGAUAUUACAACACUAGCUGCUGUUUCUUCUGAAAUUGGAAAAGCAGUACCAGAUGUGCAUAAAAAACCACCAAGCAUAUGGUCCGUCCAGGAAGUAUUUAAAUUUGUUCAGGGUUUUCCUGGUUGUUUGGAAUUUGCUGAAACUUUUAAAGCUCAAGAGAUUGAUGGCCAAGCCUUGCUACUAAUGAACUUGGAUCAUCUGAUGACUGGAAUGAACAUGAAGCUAGGACCAGCUUUGAAGUUAAUUGCGCAUAUUAGUAGCAUGAAAGAACAGGGUGUCUACUGUUCAUCAAUUCCUGUCAGUGUCUCAUCUUUUUCCUCCAUCAUUUAUUUGGAAUUUUAAUUAAAAAAAAAAAAAGAAUGUUUAUUUUUAGAGUGUUUUUUUAAGAACAUUAUCAACAAGUUUCAGUAUUAUUAGAAUUUUUUUCGACUAAUAAUUGAUUAACUAUGGCGUAUCUUAUGCUCAAUAGGAAAAAGAAUGUGUUUUAAUCUAAAGGCAUCAUCAAUUGUAGAUCUUAGUGUUAUUUGGGGUCUUAAAAACGGAAUAUCUUCAACAUUUGUAAACAAAAAGUAAUUCAAGAAAUCAUCUUUACUUAAAAUAAUUGAGUAAAAAUCGGUAAAUAAUAAUUUUUUUAUUCAGCUCCUUGUUAGUUAUUACUAACUAUUUUUUAUUUUCAAACUUAGAUGUAACUAGAAAAAUUCCCUGUUAGAUAUUAGUUAACAGAAAUUUAUCUUAUACCAAGAAAGAGUUGCUAAUAGAAAAAAGUUAAGCUGCCUUGGUCUGAAAUGUGUAUUUUGUGCUUUUUUUCUUUUUCGAGGCUUUUUCAUAUUUUUCAAUAUAAUGCUCACGGACCCUGCUAAUCAACAACUUAAAUGUGCAUUUUUGAAAAAUAAGCAUAGUUUUUUGUUAAAAUGAGUUUUUUAUUUUGCAUAAUGGUAUUGCAAAUCAGUUAUUACAAAGUAUAUCACAUGUAGUAAUUUAUAAUUAUAAAAUAUAGCUAAUAAAACAAAAAAAAAUGUUUUUAAUAUUCUUGCACAUCAUUUAUUUCUCUUUAUUCAAACAUGCAACUGGGAAGUUCAAAAAUUUAUAACAUAGUUAAGUUGUAUGUAUAAAAAAAAUCAAAAUAUAUAUUUCAAUAAAAUAAGAAUGAUAUAUAUUUCCUUACUAUUUUUUUAUUGCUGAAAUGUGAAUGUUCUUUUAAAAAAAUGUUAUUGAGGAUUAAGUUACUAUGAAAAAGAUGCAAAGUAUGGAAAAAAUAGUAAAAUGUAUUAAAAAAAUUAAUUAAAAAAAUCCAUGAAAGGUUAUUAGUGUAUUUUCUUUAAGUUAAGUAUAAUAUUUUAUAUUGUUUUCACAUAUCUAUUGUUUACUAACUUGGAAAAAUUGCAGUUAUGCAUUUAAAAGAAUUGUGCAUUUCUGAUCCUUGAAUUUGUUGAUGCAGAAUUUUGUAAUUCAAUUGUGAAAAUGAAUUUUUAUUAUCGGUUAGAAGAUUUAGAAUUUGUCAGUAUUUAUAAAACACUUUUUGUUUGUUUUUCUUUUGUAAAGCAAGUUUUUUAAAGAGCUUUUAGAGAUACAUGAAGACCUUAUAAACAAAUCACUAUUGGUCUCUUCUAUGCAAGUAAUAUAUUCUUUACAUCUUUAUUAAGAAAUAAUUAAAAUUUAUAUUUUGAUGAAUAAUUGUUAAUUGUGCCACAGUUUCAAAAUUAGUCAUCAAAAUUUAAAAUGAUUGUUUUCUUCCCUACCCACUCCUUAAAACUUAGUAGACACCCUGUUUAUGAGUUAAGAUAUUUCAUUCCUAUUUUGGAAAGUAUACAUCUUAAUAAGAAGCAUUUUCUCAAGUAAAAAGCAAUACGUGAUGAUUUUUAUAGGUUUUAAACAAGAUAUUUCUUUUCUAUAAUAUAGAAAAGUUUCAUAAAACAACAACUUCAGGAAAACUAAAUCUAAAAAUUUGAGAAUUUAGAAAAUUUGUCUGAAAAUUAAUUUGCUUCAUCACAAAACUCUUUAAUUACAAAAUAAUUUUGUAUUAUG